CACUUCUAAACCAUCCUGAUUAUCCACAUAUGUAACCAAGUUUGCAAUGAUGAGCUCAUGUCUCAUCAACCCCGAAAGGAUGAAAAUGACUAUAUAAUAACCGUGAAAGAUAAACUUGCUUUGGUUAAUGUCACUGCCAGUGAUGAUUUUAUUUCCAAAGAAGCAGGGAUUGAAGCCAUGCAGGUGGUUCCUGUUUCAUACUCUUAGUCAACAACAUGGCCAGCUUCGUUGCCCAUACGUCAUUCACCAGGGGACAGGAGAAGCAUACGACUUAGUUACCACCACAGAGGCCGAGGAGCACCGAGUGAAGAGUGGAUUUCUUCUGGAUAUUAUAAUUAGCAAGGGUGUGGCCACCCUCCAAUUACUUCCCAGCGAAGAUGAGGCACUGCGAGUUUGGAGAGAUGCCUUCCUUGUCUUGGGUCUUCGCCAUGGCCGAGGAGGAGGAGAUGAUGGAAUCGCACGAAAGACUUGGCCUUUCUGGGCACAGUGUGUCUCGAUAGUCAAUGACAAUCCCUUCAUAUCGGAUCGGGUUUCAACCCUUUGUGACAAAAUAUCCGACCCGUUAUCUUCAUCAGCUUCUUAACGGGUCAGAUCAUUUUUCAUUCCAUGUCCAAACCCGUUAAACUUGUAACUUUUUA